AUGACAAACCUCCAGUUUUGGGGUCUUCUUUUCACUUCUUCCUUUCAGAUACGUCAUGACGGAUCAAACAGUUACCGUUUGAUGCAGCUUGGAUGCCUGGAGUCUGUGGCCAACUCGACCGUCGCCUAUUCCUCCUCAUCUCCUCUCACUUACUCUACCACGGGCACCGAGUUCGCCUCCCCGUACUUCUCCACUAACCACCAGUACACCCCACUGCACCACCAGUCCUUCCACUACGAGUUCCAACACAGCCACCCGGCAGUCAACCCCGACGCUUACUCCUUGAACUCUCUCCACCACUCCCAGCAAUAUUACCAGCAGAUCCACCAUGGAGAACCCACUGAUUUUAUCAACCUGCACAAUGCGCGGGCACUCAAGUCCUCCUGCUUGGACGAGCAGAGGAGAGAGCUGGGGUGCUUAGAUGCUUACCGCCGCCACGACCUGUCUCUUAUGAGCCAUGGAUCCCAAUAUGGGAUGCAUCCAGAUCAAAGACUCCUGCCAGGACCAAGCCUCGGGCUUGCAGCCUCGGGAGCAGACGAUUUGCAGAGCUCAGUGGAGGCCCAGUGUGGACUUGUACUCAACGGGCAAGGAGGUGUGAUAAGAAGAGGUGGCACCUGUGUUGUCAACCCCACUGACCUGUUCUGCUCCGUUCCUGGUCGCUUGUCCCUGCUCAGCUCCACUUCCAAGUACAAAGUGACCAUCGCAGAGGUGAAGAGGCGCCUUUCACCACCAGAAUGCCUCAACGCCUCCCUCCUCGGAGGUAUUUUGAGAAGAGCAAAAUCCAAGAACGGAGGACGCUGCUUGCGAGAAAAAUUAGACAGACUUGGACUAAAUUUGCCUGCAGGAAGAAGAAAAGCAGCAAAUGUCACACUCCUGACUUCCCUGGUAGAAGGGGAAGCACUACAUUUGGCCAGAGAUUUCGGCUACACCUGUGAAACAGAGUUCCCUGCCAAGGCAGUAGGAGAGCACAUUGCCAGACAGCACAUGGAACAGAAAGAGCAGACAGCGAGGAAAAAGAUGAUCCUAGCGACGAAACAAAUAUGUAAAGAAUUCCAGGACCUUCUAAGUCAAGACAGAUCACCCCUUGGAUCCUCCAGACCAACUCCAAUAUUAGACCUCGACAUCCAGAGACAUUUAACACAUUUCAGUUUGAUCACUCACGGUUUUGGAACUCCUGCAAUAUGUGCUGCCCUAAGCACUUUCCAAACUGUUCUCAGUGAAAUGCUGAACUACUUGGAAAAGCACACAUCGCACAAAAACGGAGGAGCGGCGGAAUCCGGCCAAGGACACGCCAACUCUGAGAAAGCCCCCCUGCGGAAAACUUCAGAGGCUGCUGUGAAAGAGGGCAAAACAGAAAAGACAGACUAG